AUGCCCUCCAGCACGACCAUACCCAGCUUGGGGGCGGCAAAACCGCCCCCUAUCGUCCUCGACACGCUCUUCCUCCUGGCCCUGCGAGGUGUCUACUUUCUCCUCGCACGCCGCUACCUCCUCGCACACUUGUCGCCGGCAUUACGCGACCUGUCCAAGCCCGAACUGGGCCUCCCGCAGCCGGCGGCACAGCAGAGUGCGAGCUCGAGCGGCGGCGGGCGUGACCGCGCCAACUCGCGCGUGUCCAUUGCGUCCAUUGCCUCGGGUCGCAGUGCAGGCGGGUUCAGCACGCGCGGCCAGCGGAGUGCGUCCAACGUCUCGGCCAUGUCGGGUCUAGGCGUCGGCGUCGCGGGCCCUGGGCCCAGCUCGUCGUCGCUCCCUCCCAUCGACGGCGACGACCAGGAAGAGCUCCUCCUCUCGCCCGUCAACGACACGGACCACGACAUUGACGACACGGGCGACGACUCGUCGUACCCUCCCUCACCUGGCAGCCGCAUGCUGCCCGACUCUGGGCCCUCGUCGCCGCACGUCCACGUCGUGGCGCUCUCGCCGCCGAGGUCGCGGUCACCGACGCCCGGUGCCGCGCCGCCCAUUGAAAUGUCCCUGCUGGGAGCCAAACUUCGCGAAGCGAGUAGCCGUCCGAGGCAGGUUCUCGAACUCGCACACCCUCGAGGUGGUGCGUCUUCUGCUGGAGGCAGUGUGCGCAGGGCGAAACGUGCUGCACGCGGUCUCAGUCGCGUCAGCCGUAUCCUGUUUGCCGUCUGCUUUGCAGAGAGCAUGAACCUCCUCACCCUUGUGGUGUUCCACGCUCUCGGCGUGCUCCACUCGCGUGGCCGUGCGGUCAACUUCUCCGUGUCGCUGCACGUGCUUCUGGGUCUUAUCCUUAUCGUGGUCCCGCUCGUGCAGUGCCUCUUGUUCACAUACCGGUCCUCGAGAGAUAACGCCACACCGUCCACGGUCGUGUCUCGCGGCUCCUCGCUGCCACUCGUCUCCCGUGUCCUCAUCUCCCUCAUCCCCUUUUCGCUCUACAUCUUCCUCUUCACCCGGAUCCCACCGUACAUCACCGCCGUGGCCAGCUCGGCCGCUGCCCAAGUCGUCGACGACAACGAGGGCAUCGGCGGCACGAUCGAGCACUGGGAAUCGGGCCCCGAGGGAUGGGAGCGCGGCGGCUGGCUCGCGCCGAGUCUUGGCCGUGUCGUCGUCACAGGCGUGCUGAUCAUGGCCUCGUUGUCGGGCAUCGGUGCCGUACGCACUGCGUGGGACUAUCUCGAGGAAGCGGCCGGCACGGGCCAGCGGCCCGUCACGGACGCCGAUGUCUUGCAGGCCGAGCGGUCGCUGUAUCGCGUCCGCCACGACCUGGUGGCCAAGCGCGACGAACUGAACCGCGUCGCCGCUGGUAACGCUGACGGGUCCACGCCUGGCGGCGGGUGGAUGACGCGCGUGUUUGGCAGCAAGGCCGAUCAAGAAGCAGCAGCUCUCGGUGCCGAACUCCAAGGUCUCCAGCAAAUGGAGGCAGAUAUCGCGCGUACCUUGGCCACGGUCAAGCUUCGCAGGAAACGUCAAGGAUUCCGCAACACGGCCCGUGGCACAAUGUACGUUGUCCUCGGGUACAUUUUCGCCAUUUACUGUGCCGCACGUCUUCUCAUGUGCCUCGUGUCCCUGUUUGUCGCGCCGCUGUCCACCUCGAGCAUCCCGCACGCGGACGCCAACGACCAAAAGGCGCACGGCAAGGGCAACGUCAACGGCGACUGGAUCUCGUUCAUCCUCGCGCUGGGCCUCGCGCACCUCCCUUUACCCUUUGGGUUCAAGGACGACAUCCCCACGACUGCGCGCGGCAUCUCGCUCCUGCUCACGGGCGCGCUCAUUCUCAGCUCGCUGGCCAUGGUCAUGCGGUGGCUCACGCGCGUGCUCCGGCUCACGUCCAAGACGGUCGGCGCGGGCUUCCUCCUCCUCACCCUCGGCCAGCUGUUUGCGACGUAUGUCAUCUCGCUGCUCGUCCAGCUGCGCACGUCGCUGCCCCCGGCCCCGGCCGACGCCGUCGACACGGUCGUCGACGCGCUCAACGCCACUGCAGCCGCUGCGCUGGCAACCGCCACGGCCACCGCGGCGGGCCUCGGGGCGACCGAGAGCGCCGUCGAGACUGCCGCCGAGGUGGCCAAAGAAGUCGCGCAGCAGACAGCCGAGGCGCUCGCGACCGACGACUCGCUCCUGCGCUCCCUGCCCGAUUUCCACGUGUUUGGACGCCUGUUCGACGCAGUCUUCCUGCUCGCCGCCCUGUCGACGGCCGUGUACCGCUACAUUGCCAUGAAGGUCGCCAACGACGACAGUGAGAUGUACGCCGCGUUGGGGAUGUAA